GUUCAUGUUGUAAUAGAUAGAAGGGAAUGGGGCUGGACUGUGGGAAAUUAGUGAUAAGCCUCAAAAUGGGUAAAAAACAAACCAAAAGUAAUGAAGACAUUAUUUUUAGGCAAGUAAAACAAUCAGGGAGGCAGAGCCUGUAGGAGGUAGGAAGAGGAGGGGUCAAUACAUACAUGCUCAGAGGAUUUUGUUUGGAGAACUUAGUGUGAACAUGACAGAAAAGGAAACCUGAAUCCAGUUCCGGCCUCCCAUACACAAAUGCAGUAAGACUCUCUGGAGAGUUUGGUGCAGAGCUACUUCUAGCUACUGCUCUAACCAAGGGGCAUAGCCAUCUCCCAUCACUGGACUCCAACAAGUGAUUUUGAUAAGUUAUGAAGCUGUUGGUUCUUGGUGCAACAGGUCAAUCUGGUCAGUUUCUGGUCUCACAAGCGCUACAGCAAGGCCAUGAAGUGACAGCACUUGUGCGGAAUGUCACCAAACUGACUAUUCAACAUAAAAAUCUGAAGGUGGUGGAAGCAAACAUCUUUUCAGCAGAACUGUUGUCGGGACAUUUUCAAGGUCAAGAUGCUGUCAUUUCCUGCUUGGGCUUCCCCUACAAGAUCUUCUCAGCAAUUUCAGGAUACACAGAUUCAAUGGAAGCUAUAGUGGCUGCCAUGCGGCUAGCCACAGUGAACCGUGUAAUAACCAUGACAUCAUGGUACACUUCCCCUGAGUCUGGACAGAAUGCUCCACUCAUGGUGCGUUUUCUCCUCCUGCCACUCAUCAGAAGUGUGCUUACCAACAUGAAACAAAUGGAAGACUACUUAGAGAAGGAGUGCAGUGACCUCAGCUGGACUGUAGUGAGGCCACCAGGACUUCAAAAUGUUCCAGCCACAGACAAAGAAAUCCUGACUCAUGAAGGCUAUUUCGUUCCUGAUCCAAAUGGUUACCCGGUAACCAACUCAGUGGCAAGAGGGGAUGUAGCUUGCUUCAUGCCGUCUCUCCUCAACAGUAACGAAUGGAUAAAAAAAGGAGUGGCAAUGUGUACCAACUAGAGGUUGUAUUUUUCUUUGGCAGGAUAACAUAAGUACCAACCCCAGAGCAGCGGCAAAGAACGAUCAAGCACUUAUGACACAAGAUAGACUUUUUGAAAAGAAAAUUUUAUUAAGGCAAAAUUUCAAUAAAAUAUUAAAAUACGA